AUGCCGGUGGCGUCAAAUCACCAUACGCGCAAUCAGUCGCAUCGAAGCCUACAAGAAUUGAGAAGCAUUAAGGAUCCUCAGGACCUCGCCUUCCUGAAUCAGCCUAGUUACUAUGAGACCAACGUUGAUUUGAGCCAGAUCACCGUAGGUACAAUUCAGAGUAGGAGAAAAGAGAGCGAACCCAUACACUCGACAACGCAGCCGUACAAUGCAUUUCAAGACGUCCAGCAAACUCUGCUUCAGUUGACUAAAUUGUACUCGCUGCAUAUCAUAGUAGCCGCAAGCUUGUACAUGUUCUUCUUUGAAGUCGCCGUCCGGCUACCCUUCCUCCUCGCUGUUGCCUUUGCAAUCCCUUCCAUUCAUGUGCUGCUAGUACCAGAAAAACCGGUAACUGGGGAUUACACGUACAAUGACGAUUCUGAAGGUCUUUGUCGCCGAUAUUCUAUCGAUUCUGUAGUUCCUGGUGAACCUGUCGCACAGUACAAGACCGUAGGAGCCUUGCACCCAGCUGCCGCUAUUUUCCCCGGUUUAACAGUCUUCUCACCCUCGACAUGGUUUCCACGAGCCACGGAUAACAUAGAUUUUCGGCACAAGAGGCAGCGGUUACAUACUACGUUUCGCGAAUCAACUUACCAACCUCGGCGUACGUUUCAUGAAGCUUUCGAGGAUACAUUGCCACGAGUGCUCGAAAGCUGGACUAUGUUCGUUUUCCGGACAAUGGUCUACCAGAUUACAUCUCGAAUCACUGUGUUCAUCAUAGGACGCGCAUACGAGGCUAUGACGGGAGAGGACAUGAAUGUAGAUGACUACAUCAUGAACAUUCUGCUUUUUUACUGGAACUGGGCGACUGCGCACUCAUGGCUACACUGCACCCAGCACAACAACACUGGCAUAAAAGCAGACAUGGCAGCUGCUGCAGCUGAAACACCACCCAGAGAAAUUGAUCCACUCGGACCAUGGUACGCAGAGCUCUGCCACGGUUGGCCCCGCGCAAAGCAGAACCCUGGAAAUUGGCAGGAUGAAGGCCUUGAGUAUCUAUGGGACCUCCCCGCCGCAGCCUCAAGAUCUGACACACACGCAUGCCACCCCAGCCAACGAGGCCCCCUUCAAUACUUGGCCUCCUCUAUCCCACAAGAACCUGGUCACAAACCGCCCACACAUACUGCACCCGCUCCCAUGGUAACCGCCUUGGCUGGGUCAUCUAUAACCCUCAUGUUCGGCGGCAACGGUCACAGCCGUGGUAACUUUGGCGGUGUUGAGAUGGGUGACCCAGGGAAAGUAUCCGUUUAUUGGGCCGGUAGCAAAGAAAAAGAAAUUGUAGAUGUAAAGGAGUUGACGGAGGAAAAUCUCAUGCAGAGGAACGGGUUCAGUGAGGAGAGUUUCGCAUAUCCGUUGGACAAGAAAGUAACAGCGCCGGGGUGGGGGCCGGAAGACCUUCACGACAAGGGAAACUGGCAAACGCUGCAUCUGCCGGAAUGCAUGGAGAAGGGACGGCACAUGAUGAUAUGGGUGUGGAGUUUUGGUGGUGGAAAUAAGUAUAGCACAUGUUUUGAUGUUAUGGUCGCGUGA